UAGAAUCUACCAAAAUACCUAUGUGUAAGUGUGAAUUCAAAGACGCACUAUUUAAAGUUAGACUUGAGCCGUUAAACACUACACGUAGUACAGUAAUAGAACUAUUUAUUUUUAUAAUACAAUGAUGCAGUAUAUAAACUAUUUGGUCUCCUUUAUCCUCUAAACUAACCAAACGUAUGUGAUUUAAUUAAACACUAGUCACUAAUUUUGCGCGCUACGCACGCCCCCUGUCUUUCUGCUAUUAAAAAUGUGCGGAAACGAUGAGGAUCAAAAAAAAAUUUCGAAGGACGAUACAAAUCGGAUGCUGGCUAAACCGUCGGAGAAAAUCGAAGAGUCAGAAACGGAAGUCUCUUAUGCCAAGAUUCAAGAAAAAUUCGACAGUCUAUUGGAGGGAAUGGAAAAAAUGAUGAGCGUGACGAUAGCCUUGCAUUCGAAAAUGCAAGAAAAUAUAAAAUUGUGGUUCAAGCAGCGCGAGUUGGACGAGGAAAGAGCGAAAAAGAUUAAAAUCACUUCAGACGUAGCGCUUUCACCUAGUGAAAAAAUCCCUUUAAUGAAAGCAAUAAACGAAAACCAAGUUCCGAAGCAAACAGAAUAA